AUGUGGUCCUCUCCAACUAACGAUCUUGCAUUGGCCGGCCAGACGAAGAGGAUGAAGUGCAUCUUCUCUGGAUAUCCAACACCAAAUGUCACGUGGACACGAUUGGACAGAGAACUUCCGGCGAGGAUUGAGUAUCCACAGAAAGGAAUUCACGUGGAUGUGAGUGACCAGGGGGUCUAUGAGUGCAAGGGGAAGAACGCGAGGGGGGAGGAGAGAGUCGUCGUCAGGCUGACCGUUGAAUCGACGCCAUAUUGGAAAGAUGGCCGCGGACCGGAAGAAGUGAACACGUCUGAGGAUGAAAACGCGACGAUCACGUGCCACGCCGAGGGAAUUCCCAAGCCAGACGUUCAGUUCUUCAUUAAUGGCGAGUCGCUCAAAAAUCUACCUGACAGUCCGAAGAGAAUAUUCGACGCCGAGAAGAGCCAGCUCACCUUUCUCAGCGUUUCCUCACUUGACACCAGGGUGGCCAUCAAACAAAAAACUUCAGAAUCUCUAAAUGUUAUAUAUUAA